AUGAGCUACGCCAUCGAAAAGCGCCUAUUGGGCGUCUUAAUUGCAGAUCACCUGGCAAAUUUAUCCGACAGAUCCAAUAUUAUCAAUCAUAAUUUGCAUCUACACCAUGAAGAUGAGAGCGCGGAUGAUGCAGAUAAUGUGAGUAGCAAGAAGAGGAAAAAAAAUACCAUUUCUGAAAAAGUGUCAAUAAAAACUAAUGGAUCAACAAAAUGUGAUGACCUGGUUGGUGAUAACAAUGCAAAUAUUGGCAUGGAUUGCGGCGAUGAUGUGGCUGCAAUAAUGCUGGGCCAGGUGACACAAACGGAACAUUGUCUAUUAUUAUACUAUAGGCUAUUGGAUAUGCCAGGGACGAUUGAUGCUUGUAUUGAUUUGCUAGGAAGAAAUUCAAAAGUCGUAAAAUCAUCAUGUGAUGAUAGAAUUGGAGCGGCCAUUGAACAAUCUAAAGAUCCAAAUGCAGCAUCCAUUGCCGCGUUUCUAAUUGCUUCAUCAUUGAUCCGUGAUAUAACUGCAAACGGGAUUUAUGAUUUAUCAGAAUCCGCAACUGCGCGGCCUGUUAAUGCAUUACAGACAACUACAUCAGUUAACUCCGUGGAUUCAAAUAUAUCAACCGGCUUUGCUGGGCAUUCAACCUCCGUAUUCAAAGGAAUUGGAUUUGUCGAGGCUAUUCAUGAAGCGAGGGAAAUUGCGAUGAAGGACAAUUCCGAUGGCUUUGACACGCUAAAAAUUAUUACUGACAGGGUUGGUGGCAGGGUUUCUCGUGAGCUCGCCUUUGUCUACCGCAAGGUCUUAGUUAAACUAAUUGGUCUAUUACAUACUCCGCUCAUGUCUUCAGUAAAAGAAUUGUUAUACGAGUCUAUUGGGUAUUUGUGUGUUUAUACAAAUGAAAUUUGGUACAUUGAUGAUACAGGAAUGGAUAUCAUAGAUAUGUUUAGUGUGUUAUCCCCUAGAUUAACAUCAAAAUUAUUAUCAGUAUUGCCAAAUGCAUUGACUAGUGUCUUGUUGAACUGCUCAACUUCUGCCCGGCAUAGCUAUACGAAGUAUUUGUUGAGCGUUUUUGACAGGGUAUUUAGUUUGUUGUAUGAAAAUUUGGGCACUGAAGAUUCGUUCGAUGACAUUUAUAUUGCAGUGCAUAACUGGCUGGAAUUUUUGUGCAAGCAGCGCAAUGAAAUAAAUGUGAUGCCCAACUUUAACAAGAUGACUCUUUUAGUCAACAAAUUGGUCAUUGAGUAUCUGAUUAAUUCCAGUGAUAAUAAUAUGUGUUUUUCCUAUGGCAAUGGUAUGAAUAUUGACUUUUACAUGCAUGAGAUACUGAAUUUUCUUGGUGUAAUAUGUCCUGAAAACAUUAAUGGAUUUCUAGACGUCGAAGCCUUAAAAUCAAAGUUUCCCAGUUUGGAUAUACACCCGAUGUUAAAGUUAUUUAGUUUAAUGUGGGUUGGUUCAGAUUUUAUCAGUGUCAAUAAUUUAUUGGAUAUAUUAAAUAACUUGGUAGAUCAUGUCAGUGAUAAUUUGGCAAUAAUUGCCAAAUUAUUUUCUAAAUUUGAGUGUAAGACACUAGGAAAACUACCUAAAUCGCACGAAGUCUACCAAAAGAUUCCACAACUAGUGAAAUUACCCAGCUAUUUUGAACAAGACAAUCCCCCUUACGAAUUAUUUACCGAUAUAUAUAUGAUGAGACAAGUUUUAUUUCCACUAAUUAGUGCCAUCGGCAAAAUUAGUCCAUACAAAGAACUGAAAGAUUUGAACCAUCUUGGCGAUAAAAAUGUUUCAUGGGCCUCUUCUUCUCAAUCUGCAAACCUGGAAUUAUGCCUAUUUUUGUUACGGGCCAAUCCGCCUUCAAAUUUUGAUAUUAUAUGCCUGACAAGGUUUAAAAGAGGUUUGUAUUGCUACUUUGCCCUGGAAAAUCUGUCAAAGGUGGCACUGGCAAUCAAGGACGUUGGCAAGGCUUUGAUACUUUCAUAUGACAUAAACAAAAUGAUGAAAGAGUGGCAUGAGGAAUUUCAGGCUUUGGAUGUCAUUUCGACUGAGAUUAUUUCUGACAUGCAAUUAUUGUUAAGCAAAUCUAUCACAGCAUUUAAGAAUGACCAUAGGUCAUUAUCGCCUAAUAUUUGGAAUAAAAUCAAGGAUUUGGAUGAUUUGUACUUGCCACUUUUACUGGGAAAUCUGGCGCGUAUAGAUAGUCAAUGGAGCGAAAUUAGCGAUACAAUGACGGAAGAAAUUGUUGGUAAAUUAUAUGAGUUUACCAUGUGCCCUAAAGCCUGCUCUAAUGCAUCAGAUUAUCUCAUAUUGGCACACAAGCUUCUGUUAGUUAAUUUGGGUACUAACAAAUUUGAUAGUAAUGUUAUCGAGGCAGCAUCCGAAUUUUUCAAGCUAGGAGAGGUAUUUAGUGGCAAUGAGUUAUAUUCAAGCCUAUUUAUUGUAUAUAAUAAGUGUCUAACUUGUCACAUAGAUAAAGACGAUUUGAAUUCGUUGAAAUCCACUGUGACAGGAGCGUGGGAAAAUUUUAUCGGCUACGUAAUAGAUUUUUUGGAUGACAAGGGAAUAACAUCCAUCGCUUAUUCUAUCAUUUACACAGGUGGUAAAGAUUUAUGCAACGUUAGUGAUAUGCUUAACAAAUUAUUGGAGAGUUAUGAUGGUCUUUUAGAAGGAAAAAUCGCAUUCCAGGUACAUGCAACAGCUCUCAUCAAUCUAAUUUGCAAAGUAAUUGACAAAUACUGCGUGGACGGUACCUUUUUCACACCUCAGCUUGAGUGUAAUAUCGUAAAAGUUAUAUUUAAAUGUAUACUUUUGGCUAGGGAAUAUCCCAACGUAUCAGCUGAAUUAUCUAAAUCACUAUUAAAUUGCUUGAAAAUAUUGAAAACACAAAGUACAACAGAUGAAAGUGACAUAGCUAUAUUCCAACUGGAUCUAGAAAUUAAACUUAAAGGAAAUCUGCUGAGUGCAAAAGCGGGUAUUUUAAGAGACUUAGAAACAGAAGAAACCACCCAUGUUACGCUUGACUACUCUUUGUUAAUAUUUGCCCUGCAAAAUCACUAUAUACGUCUCAACAAAUAUGCCAUAAGUAAGUAUGAUACACAGCUUAUAGAAUUAAUCAACCCUCCCUAUCAGUUGCUCCGCAUGGUUGCAAGGGAAUUGUGCAACUUUGGCGGAAUCCCGAAGGAGAAUAGGAAGGGAUUGUCGGAUUUUGUUGACAAAUACGUACUUCCCAUGUUCUUUAAUGGUAGAGGCGUUUCUCAAGAUUUCUGCAAGUCACUUUAUGAAUUUUUAAGGCUUCGUCGACCUAAGCUUGAAAGGCCUCAAACACACAUGAAGUUGGUAUCCGUUUUAAAGGGCGCGGAGGUUCACUCAAGGAACGGGAACGUUUGUCGCUACUUUUAG